AUGAGUUCUUUUAAUCUCUUAAGCAAUAAAUUUAUGCAAUCUGCUAUGGAGAGAAAAUCGUUAAGAUCAAUUUAAGUAAGUCAGAAAAAUCUUGAUGGAUCUACUAAAUCAAUUUCUUAUGAGAUUUGGGAUUAGAACGAUGGUUUAGAUUCACCAAUGACACCUAAAAUUAGACUUCCAGGUUCCUAUUAGCCAAAAUUUAUAAACUCAGUAAGAAAUCAAAUCAAAAGAAUUCCAGAAACACAUUGA